AUGCGUCUCGCACCUGCGUGGUAUCAGUUCCUAGUGGGCGUUUUCGCCUCACUUGGAUCAUUCCUGUAUGGAUAUGAUCUGGGUGUCAUUGCGGAAGUUAUCGCCAGUGGAUCGUUUAUCAAGACUUUCAAUAAUCCAAACACCACCGAAACUGGUUUGGUCGUUUCAAUGUUCACAGUGGGUGCUUUCGUCGGCUCUGCCUUUGCUGGUCCUACUGGUGAUUACCUCGGAAGACGUUGGACCAUCAUUAUUGGCUGUAUAGUCUUUUGCCUUGGUGGUGGUCUUCAAACAGGUGCCCAGACCAUCGACUACUUGUACAGUGGACGAUUCUUCGCAGGUGUUGGGGUCGGCUUCCUCACCAUGAUCGUUCCGCUAUACCAAGCCGAGAUUUGCCAUCCGGAUAUCAGAGGUCGUGUCACUGCACUUCAGCAGUUCAUGCUGGGUGUGGGAAGUCUGUGUGCCGCUUGGAUUUCCUACGGAACAUAUAUCGGCUUCGAUGAGACGAACAAUGCUCAAUGGGAAGUCCCUCUCGGUCUGCAGAUUGUCCCGGCUGUCUUCCUUGGGCUCCUGAUCAUGCUAUUCCCCGAGUCUCCCCGUUGGCUUAUCGACCAUGGCCGCCAAGAAUUGGGACUGAAGACACUGGCGCGGCUUCACGCCUACGGAGAUGAGAAUGAUGCCUGGGUCCAGGCGGAAUACAACCAGAUUCAGGAAAGCAUUCUCCGCGAACACGAAGAGGAGGCCAAGUCUUACUUGGAACUUUUCAAAUCACGUUCGUCGUUCCGUCGUCUUUUCCUCUGCUGUGCACUGCAGGCAUCUGUGCAAAUGACUGGUGUAUCAGCGAUCCAGUAUUACUCCGUCACGAUCUACGGACAGAUCGGCAUCUCUGGCGAUGAGACCCUGCGCUACCAGGCUAUCAACUCCGUCAUUGCCCUAGUCGCCCAGUUCCUGUGCAUGAUGUUCAUCGAUCGCUUUGGUCGCCGCUGGAGUCUGAUCGGCGGGAACCUGGGCAACUGCCUCACUUUUAUCAUCGCCUGCAUCCUGUUAGCCAGAUUCCCUCCGGAGGUCAACAACACCGGAGCUCACUGGGGCUUCAUCAUCAUGACUUGGCUCUACAACUUCUCCUUCUCGUGCACCUGUGGUCCACUGUCAUGGAUUAUCCCCGCCGAGGUCUUCGACACCCGUACUCGGUCAAAGGGAGUUUCAAUCGCGACCAUGACCUCUUAUGCCUUUAACACCAUGAUCGGACAGGUAACUCCACUUGCAAUGGAGGACGUCGGGUACAGAUACUACUUCUUGUUCAUCAUCUGUAAUUUCACCAAUGCCGUGUUUUUCUGGCUGCUUCUGCCCGAGACGAAGAAGUUGCCGCUCGAAGAGAUGAACUAUCUCUUCUCAAACUCCCCGUGGAUUGUUCCAGGCACAAAGAAGGAGGACUACGUCCCUCAUGACUUGGAGCGUAGGGUGGUGGAGCAAGAGGAGAAACGGCAUGCUUAUACGUCGCAUGAGGAGAAGUAG